AUGGAACUCGUCACAGGUGGAGAACUAUUCGAUCGAAUAGUCGCCAAAGGAUCCUACACAGAAAAGGACGCAAGUCACUUAAUACGACAGGUGCUCCACGCAGUAUCAUUCAUGCACGGAAACGGUGUCGUUCAUCGGGAUCUUAAACCAGAAAAUCUUCUAUAUUAUAAUCAGGACGAGGACUCAAAAAUCAUGGUGUCGGACUUUGGUCUCUCAAAAACCGAAGAUUCGGGCGUGAUGGCAACAGCCUGCGGAACGCCGGGGUAUGUUGCACCUGAAGUUCUUCAGCAAAAGCCAUAUGGAAAAGCUGUCGAUGUAUGGUCGAUAGGAGUAAUUGCCUAUAUUUUGCUCUGCGGGUAA